GGCCACUGAAUUUAAAAGUUUAAACGGGUGAGGGCGCGCGAGUGGUGUCUGCUAUUGUGCUCCGGCGUAUCCGCUGUUUUCGGUCGAUCCUGGAGUCGCCGGGCACCAUGGCUUCCAAAACGGCAAUGGUGGAUACAGAUAACAUGAAGUAUUUUAGUGAGAAACUCAACACUAUCAUUGAAGAUUUCGAAGAAAAUACAGUAUGGCUGAAAGAAAUCUUGGAAGAGGCGGAGAGGAUGUUUAUCAGUGAUUUUAAUGCAGAGCCUGAAUUGAUGCCAAAGACUCCUUCAGAGAGAAAACGACGCAGGAGGCGCCCAUCUGUGGCCGGUGAUCACAAUAAAAGGUAUUCUAAAAGCAGAAAGAAUUUAAGGCGCUCCUCAGUUCAGAGGAAGAAGCUGGGAAGUAGACUCUUUGCAGAAGAUGAUGGCAGUAACAAAAUUGUGGAGCAGACACAAUCACUGCGUUUGACCCGCUCAGCAACACGUGCAGCAAUGAUAGCAAAACCAGAAAGUGAAAAAAACAACCUACCAGCUAUCGUUCCAGUGAAUGGUGUGAUGCCUUUGAUUAUAUUGUCACCAAAUGAGUGUAAGGUCGUGGAAUUCAAGAAAAAAGGUCAAGUGACAAACUUAUCCCAAAUUCCAUGCGCCUCUGAAGAUGUCAAGUUGUCCCAAAAGUCACGUGAGGGAAAAUUGGAUCCUUCACAUGAAGUGGCUUUGGAAAUAUUGUCUCCUGUUGCCAGGAGCCCAAGUCGUACAGCAACAAAGGUGAAAAUAGCAGAGCCUGUUACUGAUGAAGAAAAUGAAAUAAAGAAUGUAUCUCCUUUAACUGUCCAGGAGUUGAAUAAUGUUGUGGAAGCAUCAACUAAUGGUGAAAACUGCAUCUCUGCAACUGAAACUAAGGGUCUGCGUAGAUCAGUACGAAGAAGUAUUGCCAGUCGCCAGUCAAAGUGCAUGAGUUUGGUGAAAACUCAACGGACUGUUAUGCUACAAAGAUCCAUGAGAAAAUCAUCGCGUAAAUUUAACAGGAAGAAUGUGCUUCAAACUUCUCCUAGUUGUCAAGACAAUAAUGACGAUUUUGAAGGAGUUGAUGAGAAAGAAUGCAGUGAAAUCAAGGAGGUUUCUACAGAGGAUACUUCAAGAAUUGUUGAACUGGUUUCUAGCACCCCUCCUAAGCUUCAGCAGCCAAAAGUGGUGAAACAACCAGAUACUCUGAUUACUGAAAAUCAAGAACGCAGAUACACACGGAAUGCUACAAAACUUGCCGUUAGCAAUCCAGAGAAUGAAGUGGAACCUGCUAAGUCACAAUCUCCAAGAAGUUCACCAAGAAUUAAGAAGAAAGACAGCGGUGAUUCUGAUAAAUCGAGCUCUUCUGAUGGCCAAAGUGCUGGGCGGAAGCGAAGUUACAAGUAUGCAGUGGCAAAUUCAGAUGAUUAUUCUGAGGAAUUAGAAAAAGAGAAUUCUUCGCCAAGAAAGAAGACUCCUUCACCACCACCACCCUUCACAACUAAUAAGGUGGUUCAACCAAAGCACAAGAGUUUCCUCCAUACAGUCCAGAAGAAUCAAUUGCUGAUGACUCCUGUUUCAGUUAGCCGCACGGUGGUAAAGUCCUUCAUAAAACGUAAUACUCCACUGAAAGUUGAUCCCAAGGAUCUAGAAAGGGUCCGUCUGGAAAAUCAUAAGAAGAAACGGGAACAAGAAGAAGAAAGAAUACAAAAAGUGGAGGAACAGAAGAAGCGUAAAGUAGAAGAGUGUAAAAAGAAACGGGAAAUGCAAGUAAAACGUUUUUUGGAAACCCGAUCCAGAGUUCAACAGCAAGAGGAGGAGAAGAAAAAGAAAAUUGAGCAGAAGUUUGCUCAGAUUGAUGAGAAGAAUGCAAAGGUACGGGAAGAAAGAUUUGCUGAAAAAGGGAAAAAGAAAGUAGUUACCAAGAGGAUGGAGGAAGCAGAAGCUCGAAGGCGGCAAGAGGAAGAAGCUCGAAAACAGAAAUUGCAACAGUUGGAGGAAGAACGGCAAAUAAUGUUGCAGCAGAAGAAGCAGGAGGAAUUGGAACAUCAACGUAAAAUGGUAGAAGCCAGAAAGCUUCAAGAACAGCGGCAAGCUGAGCUAGAGAGAGAGCGACAGCGUGAGCACCAACUGGCUGUAGAGAGGGAGAGGGAAAGGAUUAAAGAACAGGAGAAAAUCCAAGCAGAGAAAGAACGUGCAUAUUUGGAGAAAAAGAGAGCUCUUCAGCUCCAGCGAGAACUGGAGCGAGCAGCACGGGAAGAUGCAGCACUCCAGGCUGAACGAGAAAAGGAAAAGCAGGAGGAAAAACAAUUGGCAGACCUGGAAAGACAGCGUUUAGAAAAAGAGAAGAUUAGAAAGGAGCAGGAAAUAAAAGAACAACAAGAAAAUGAAAAGAGAAAUCGUGAAAAUGAGGAAAGAAAAUGGAAGGAAGAACAAGACAAGAAAGCUGAGAAGGAAGUUGCAAGCAAAAAUAUACUGAAUGUGACUGUGGAGGUUCAUCACACCCCACCUCCAGAGUCUUACACAAUGACUCCCAAUACUAAAGUCAAGAUACCGAAAGUAAAUUUGGACGAUUAUGGAAUGGACUUGAACAGUGAUGACUCUACUGAUGAUGAGGGAGCACCACGCAAGCCAAUCCCUGUUUGGGCAAGUGGUAAAGAACUACAGAAAGCCCUCUUACAGCAGUAUUAUCAUCCCAUUGACCUGGACAAAUUCUUUGGUGUCAUUCAACCACCCAAUCUUGAAACCAUCUUCAGUAAAAGCAAACCACGUUAUCUGAAACGCACUAGUUCUGCAGUGUGGCAUUCACCACCACUAUUGAACAGGAUUAAUGUACCCUAUAGCUUUAAGAAAUACUGAAUUUUAUACUUUACAGUAACAAUCCAAGUUUUGUAAAAUGUGAAACUGUCUCUUCAAUCCUCUGCUUGACUACUAUAUCAUGAUUUUACUAUCUUCUCUUUGUAUAUGUAUAUAGCUGAUAAAGACUUCCAAUGGAAUAUCAAUCAUCUGUUUCUUAAGAACCUUUUUAUGCAUGGGUCGACUUUGAAAUUUCUGUGCCAAAUAGAAGCUGGGAUUGUGGUGUAAUUGCAAAAUACUGGGGUCUAUGCUGUGCAUCUGACUACACACCUGCCAGAGCUUGAUAUUUGAAUGAGCCAUGUCCAUCAAAGUUGCUUUAAUGGUGUAGUAACUAAUACUUGGGCUGUACCAUACAGCUGGAAUAACAAGGUCCAACUUCAAAUCACGCUCAAUGGUGCAGGCAUCGUUGCAUGUUGAAAUCUGUUUUGCUCACUUACAGCUAAGCACUGGGAAAAUCUCAAAUUUUCUACUGUAGUUCAUGCUCCUAGAGAUGUGAGAUAUAGUUUCAUUUACAAAAAAAAAAUCACAACCAUUCUCUUCUGCUGCUUAGAAUUUUGUGUACAUACCUUCAGUUGGAUAAGAUGUCUGAACUGCCCCUGGAGUCCUGCUCCAGCCAGAUGAUAAUAGUAACAAAAAGCCUUUUGUGUUUCAGAUGCUACA